CUGGGCUGUGACAAAUGUGGACUACAUUCACACAAGGAACGGGUCACGUAUUGUGACAAUGAUUGUCGUGGUAUGGUCAGUAGCACUGGUGGUCAGCCUGGCACCUCAGUUCGGAUGGAAAGACCCUGAUUAUUUAGACCGGAUCAAUCUUCAACAGAGAUGUCUAGUCUCCCAGGACAUAGGUUACCAGAUCUUUGCGACCUGUUCCACCUUCUACGUUCCGCUUCUAGUCAUCCUUGUUCUCUAUUGGAAGAUAUUCCAAACGGCGCGAAAGAGAAUUCGACGAAGGAGGGCACAAAGGAAUGCGGUCCUGGAGGCGAAUAGGAGUGUGAAGGAGACGGGAGAUGAAGGACAGACGAAAGAGAGCCGGGGGGGAAAAGGACGUUGCAUUUUAUUACGAAGAGGAGAACAAGCAUCUUCGGGCAACAUAGUGAUGGAUCACAGGGAAGAGAUGACUGACUCUCAACGGCAGGCCACGAUUCAUGCUCCAGCCACCAACACAAGUGGUGAAUCCGAGAGGGAUGUGGAAGAGUCAAUACCACCCCCUACUGUCAUGGAUGUGGAGGAGUCAAUACCCUCCUCAACUGAAAUGGAUGAGGAAGAGCAAACGCAGUCUUCAACUACCAAUGAAGUAGUCCCACCGUCCCAGGAACCCAGACCAGGCCCCUCUCGAAAUAUGGAUCCAGUGCUGUGCCACCGCAACACAACAUCAGGCAAGCGCAAACGGGCUGGCAAGCCACGCAUAAAAGUCCGAUUAUCAAAUGGACGAUGUAAAUAUGUACCUGUGGACCAGUCGUGUAUGUUUCCUAGUUCCGAACUUGGAACAGCAAGACUGCUACAAAAACUGCCUUUUAGUGCUCCAGGUGGAAGUUUUGUCAAUUAUGAUCAUAAAUUCCUGAUUCGUAACUUGUUUCUCCGUUCAAGUCGCAGUAAAUGUGACAACCAGCAAGCCUCUCUAGCUUUAGUGGAAGGACAAUCCUCGACCGAGGUUCUCGCUGAGGAGGAGGCACAGAUCAGCAGUGAGGACCAGGUGACUGGAGCAGGAGGAGGAGGAGGAGGUGGAGGAGGAGGUGGAGGAGAGGGAGAAGUAGCUGUCACCACUGCCUUUACAAUAUCUUCGCCUAGCACUGAUACGAAUCAUAGGGUGAAGGAGGAGGAUGAGGAAGGGAAGGAGGUGAAUGAGAAUCAGGUCACAAACAACAACACAGCAGUGACGUCAACAUCGCUAAGCUCCGCCCACUUACCUCCACCAUCGCUGGGCGCCGCCCACUUCCCGCCUCCGCCGCUAGGCUCCGCCCACUUACAGCCUCCACCGUCACCAAGCCCCUCCCCUCUUCCCAGCCACACCCCCCACCACCCAAAACGAGACCUGAAGAAAGAGUCACUGGAAGUGAAACGUGAGAGGAAAGCUGCCAAAACUCUAGCCAUUAUAACUGGUGCUUUUGUUGUGUGUUGGUUGCCAUUCUUUAUUAUGGCACUACUCAUGCCUCUCUGUGAGAGUUGUACGAUUAAUAAUUAUGUGGCGAGCUUUUUUCUGUGGUUGGGAUAUUUUAAUUCGACAUUGAAUCCUGUGAUUUAUACAAUUUUUAGUCCGGAGUUUAGACAGGCUUUCAAAAGGAUGCUGUGUGGACAGGGUAAUGGUGGCAGGGGAAGGGGAAGAAAGUUGAGGUAAAAUUGAAGGGGGUGUU